AUGAAAAAUUUAAUUAAAAGCAAUCAUCAAAAAAAUGAAAUAGCACAAAGUGAAAAGUUUUUACGCGAUCUUGAAUUGUAUUAAAAAAUAUUUCUCACAACAAAAUAUGAAAAUAAAAAAUAAUAAUCAAUAUCAAUUCGUAGACUUUUACCAAACAAACAAUAUUCGUAGCAUCAAUAAUAAUCAUAAUAAUUAUUUAGUAAUCCUAGUCUUUAGUGUUUUAAUACUUAAUUAGAUCAAGAAACUAAUUAUUCUCGUCAUCAGAAUUAAGUAUGUAUUCAAAGAGAAGUUAGGAAAGAAGAAGAAAAAAGAUUGCUAUCUCGAUGA